AUGCUUCGGAAGGUCCAGCAUAAAAGGAAGGGCGGAAGUGAACAUAAUGAACAACCAACGGGUGAUUCCGACAAGUUGGCAAGCAUAUCGGCUCAAGACUUGGACGAUGCAGAGAAUGCCGUUCUCAGUUAUAUUCAGCAACAGUCAUUUGCUGUGGAAAUAGAUACGCUUAGGAAGGGACGAUCAUCCGUGAUGCGUACUAGCUAUAUCAGAAAGCUCGACCCAGUCCUUGACAACGGCCUUCUGCGUGUUGGAGGUCGUUUAUCAAAAUCGUGCAUGCCUGCUGACAGCAAACACCCCGUAAUUUUACCAAAAAAUCAUCACGUGUCGAUCAUGAUCAUCAGACAAAUUCAUCAUGAACUUCAGCAUAGUGGGAGAAACCAUAUGAUGGCUAGUUUGAGGGAAAGAUACUGGUUAGUCAGUGCCUCGUCGGCUGUAAGAAAGUUCAUCUCAAAAUGUGUAAUUUGUCGUCGUCAGAGGUCACCGGUUGGAGAACAAAAAAUGGCAGAUUUACCAGAGGAUCGUACUACUCCCGACGAACCUCCAUUUACGAAAGUUGGUGUUGACUAUUUUGGACCAUUUCUCGUUAAACAGAAACGUAGUCACGUCAAACGUUAUGGAGUCAUCUUUACAUGUCUCGCUAGUCGUGCAGUACAUUUGGAGGUAGCUGCCUCGUUGGACACAGAUUCGUACAUAAACGCGCUUCGUCGAUUUAUCGCUCGCCGUGGCCAGGUUACCAAAAUCAGAUCGGACAAUGGCACCAAUUUUGUGGGUGCCAAUCAUGAACUUGCCCGAGCAAUCAACAUGUGGAAUAUGUCGCAAAUUCAAAACUCAAUGUUCCAAAAACAUGUAGAUUGGCAGUUCAAUCCCCCUUCUGGUUCUCACCAUGGUGGGGUAUGGGAGCGAAUUAUCAGAACUAUCGGGAAGGUCAUGAACAGUGUCAUUGGAGAGCAAGUCCUCGACGACGAAGGACUUAAUACACUAAUGUGCGAGAUUGAGUCAACUUUAAAUGAUCGCCCUAUCACCAGAAAUUCGGACCAGUAUUGUGACCUGGAAACGUUGACUCCCAACCACUUACUUCUCCUGAAACGUAAACCAAACUUACCUCCAGGAGUCUUUUGUAAAACGGAUACCUACUGUAAGCGACGUUGGAGACAGACACAGUACAUGGCCAAUCUAUUCUGGCAAAGAUGGCUGCGCGAAUACCUUCCGCUUUUGCAAGAAAGACAAAAGUGGAAUGAGAAAAAAAGGAACUUGAAAGUUGGUGACAUCGUCCUUGUCGUGGAUUCUACUUCUCCAAGGAAUUCUUGGCCAAUGGGUUUAGUUGUGGAGAUCAUCCCUGACAAAGGAGGUUUUGUCCGGCAAGUGAAGGUUAAAACGGCGUCAUUUUGA